AAAGAUCGUCGCUUGCAAUGUGUACAUGUAGCAACCCCGCACCAGGAGGGGUAUUAAAGCGCUCUCUAUCCAGGUACGGAGUGGGUUGUGAUGACAGACAGCGCUUCACUUUGAAAGUUUCCGUUUCCUUCCUAUACACCUUUUAUCCUUCCAAAAUGGCCAAAUGGUGGGAAGUUGCAAAAGAUAUCUCAUUCAAUAAUGAGAGCAAAGAUGCCAUUCUGAGCGCAAAGCUACCUGACCAGCACGGCAAAUAUUGGGACUCGAGUGUCUCCCUCAACAAAUAUAUAGGAGUCGAAUACGGAAUCCUUCAAUGGGGUGGCCGCUUGGUCGGAGUUACCAGCGACGUCAAAGAUCUCAGUUUCUCUAGUGGUAACCCUCCGUACUUGACUUGCCUGGCCAGGAACAUGAAUGGUGGCUUUGUGACAACCAAGUUUGAGCUCAGCGAGAUGAAUGUCUCCAACAACAAUGGAGCGUUCAGCAUUGACACUCGUGGUGGUCCCCACGACCCUCGAACGUUCCAUUCCACGACGAUUGUGUUUGAAGCUCAGGGGAAUCAGAUGACACCCAUCGUGUUUUCGCUCAUCAAUGGCGAUAAGUGGACCUUUUCUUCGUGCAUCCACAGAGGCAGCCCUGGCAACUACGACAUACCUUUCCAGCUGCCCUUGUUGAGGUCUUCGAAUGCCAAGAUCACCUGGGCAGGCUCUUCUCCCAACGUUUGGUUGACAGGUUUCUUCGGCUCUCUUGGACGGAACUGGUUCGACCUCAAAUUCAGGAAUGAAGAUGGCGUAGAAGAGAUUGUCGUUGAAGGAUUCUUGGAUGGCCACAGCACGGAAAAGAAAGGUGGUUUUCUCUACAAUAUCGCAGGCCACGGGGGAUGGGGUGUGGAUCUCAGUAUCGCCAGUCGUCAGCACCAGCGCAGGAAGUUGAUUCUAAGGGGCGAAUGGGAUGAGUUCUUAGAGAAUGAUUACCGGAGGAAACUGGGCGAGCCGCCGAUGACAGAUCGCCAGAUGGAAGUCUUCAAGAUUAAGGUGUCUCGAUACGCCAGGGGAAAGAAACGUCCAAUGCUGAGGGCGACCUUGACACCAAUUGGGAUGAGCUUGGUGAGGAUGAUUUGAGAGAUGACUAGUGAUAGCAAUUAGAAUGAAUCUAUCCAUGUUCUCUCGCUGCGUAGCAUCGGAGUUGUUGUUAAGGGAAGUAAUACUAGGCGAAAAGAUGAGAACAGUAUCUAGG